AAAAUGAAGUGUUUAUCCUAAUAAUCCUUAAAAGCCAAUUAAAUUUUCGUUUUUAUAUUCACAUUUUUAUGUUAUUCUGCCGUGCAUUCCACCCGUACAGCCUGGUCAGUUUCAAAGGGAAAUUUUUAACAUAAAAUUCAAUGUUCUAAGUCUUUUUUAGGCUGGAUGGACUUUUGUUUUUUAUUUUCCUAUGCCAUGUCUUUAAAAAUAGGAGGAAGUUUAGGCGAUAGAAUAAAUUUAAUAUAUUACUUAUCUAUAGGAAUGAUAUUAUCCUCUAUAUUUUUAUCACUAGAUUCAUUAAUUGGCAUCUCUAAUUUUCCAAACGAAGCCUUAUUCCUUAUAUUUAUGUCCCUAAACGGUAUAUUUUAAAGUACAGCUUGGCCCGGUUUAUUAUCUACGAUGGGAAACUGGUUUGGUAAAGGAAACAGAGGUUUAAUGAUGGGUAUAUGGUCAGCAAAUUCGAACAUUGGAAAUAUUAUCGGAUAACUAAUAGGUUAAUUAACUAUAGAUAUAUAUAAAUGGGGUUGGGAGUAUUGUCUUUUAAUUUCUUCUUUAUUUUUAUUAUUAAUGGGCAUUUUAGUAUUAUUAUUUUUACAGCCAUAUCCCGAAAAAUCCAACAUAUAUGAAAAAGUAGUACAAAAUACAGAUUAAAGUAACAAUUCAGAAGUAUUAAACCAAAACAUCAAAAAAUAAACUAUUUUACGGCUUGGUUAGUACCCGGUGUUCCUUUAUAUGCAAUAAGCUAUGCCUGUUUAAAAAGCGCUUCUUACGGCUUAUUAUUUUGGCUUCCUAACUAUCUACAAAACUAAGGUAUGGACUAAUAUUCAUACACAAUAUCAUCUAUGAAUGAUAUCGGCUCGUUUCUAGGUGGUGUUUUUACUGGUUAUAUAAGUGAUAGACUAGGUAAAAGAGCACUAUGUAUGUUCCCUUAAUUAAUUUUAUCUGGAAUAUUAAUGGCUAUAGUCAGAUACUUUUUAAUGGGUGAAUCUCCAGUAUAUUAUUAUUUAAUUGUCUUUUUCAUAGGAGUGUUUCUUGGAGGACCUUAUAAUAUUAUAAGCGCGGCAAUUUCAAUAGAAUUGGCUAAAUAACCGGCUUUAAAAUAAUAAAAAAGUGCUAUUUCAACUAUUUCUUCUCUAAUAGAAGGUAUGGGAUCUUUAUCUGCGGCUGUACUUAAUAUUAUUAUUCCCUUAUUUGAAGAUGAGUAGACUUUUAUGAUUUUCAUGGUUUUAGCUUUUGUAUCUGUCAUAUUUUAAAUACCUAUGGUUUU